AUGGCUCCCGUAUUCACUAACUCACAAGGUAACCCAGUCCCCGAACCUUUUGCCACUCAAAGAAUUGGUAAACAUGGUCCUUUGUUGUUACAAGAUGUCAACUUGAUUGACAACUUGGCCCACUUUGACAGAGAGAGAAUCCCAGAAAGAGUUGUCCACGCCAAAGGUUCCGGUGCUCACGGUGAAUUCGAAGUUACUGACGACAUCACCGAUAUUUGCUCAGCCAAGUUUUUAGACACCAUUGGCAAAAAGACCAAGAUCUUUACUAGAUUCUCACAAGUUGCUGGUGAACAAGGCUUUGCCGAUACCGUUAGAGAUCCAAGAGGAUUCUCCACUAAAUUCUACACUGAAGAAGGUAUUUUGGACUUGGUCUACAACAAUACUCCAAUCUUUUUCAUUAGAGACCCAUCCAAGUUCCCAUACUUUAUUCACACCCAAAAGAGAAACCCACAAUCUGGUUUAAAGGACCCAAAUGCGUUCUGGGAUUACUUUGUUUCCAACCCAGAAUCAGUUCAUCAAGUUACCCUUUUGUUCACUGACAGAGGUACUCCAGCUUCGUAUAGAAAACAACACGGUUUCUCUGGUCACACAUACAAAUGGUCUAAUGCCAAGGGUGACUGGCACUAUGUCCAAGUCCACUUCUUGUCCGACCAAGGUAUUGAGACUUUGACUGUUGAAGAAGCUGGAAAGAUUUCUGGUGAGAACCCAGAUUACCUUAGAGAAGAUUUGUUUGAAGCUAUCGAAAAGGGAGACUAUCCAUCGUGGACUUGUUACAUUCAAACCAUGACUGAAGAACAAGCCAAACAAGCUCCAUUCUCCGUCUUUGACUUGACCAAGGUUUGGCCACACAAGGACUACCCAUUGAGAAGAUUCGGUAAAUUCACCUUGAACAAGAACCCAGACAACUUUUUCGCUGAAACUGAACAAGUUGGUUUCGGACCAGGAAAUACUGUUCCAUCUAUGCAACCAUCCGCUGAUCCAGUCUUGCAAUCAAGAUUGUUUUCCUACAAUGAUACUCAAAGAUACAGAUUGGGUGCCAACUAUGCACAAAUUCCAAUCAAUAAUCCAAACAAUGGUACUCAUGUUUUUGCUCCAAAUGUUAGAGAUGGUUUCAUGACGGUUAAUGGUAACCUCGGUGGUGUUCCAAACUACUUGGCUUCGGAUGUUGACGUCAAAUUUGACCAAUUCCCAAUCCAACAGGACCAGGAGGUUUGGGAAGGUGCUGCUACUCCUUUCCACUGGAAGGCCACUCCAGCUGAAUGGACUCAAACUACUGAAUUCUACAACAAAGUCUUGCCUAAGCAACCUGGUGGACAAGAACGUUUGGCACACAACAUUGCUGGGCAUGUUUCUGCCGCCAGGCAUGAUAUCCAAGACAGAGUCUUUAAAUACUUUGGAGGUGUCAGUCCAAAGUUGGAGGAAGAUAUCAAAAAGGAAGUCUUCCAAUUGAACCCAAGAAAGUAA